CCCAUGCCGAGAGCGAGGCGGAGGAGACAGAGCAGAGAGUUUCAGUGGAGGCAGAAAAUACUUUGAUUUUCGCUCUCGUUUUUUUUCUUAAAAGCCUGCCGUCAUGAUCACAUCAAAACUUCCCGUCGCUCUACUUUUGAAACGGAAACCUCUACCAUCACGACUGGCAGCCCCGUUUUAAAACUACUAUGGAUACAUUACGGUGAAAGAAGACGUUGAAAACUUUCCCAUUCUCCGCUCCUCGGAGCGCAGCACAAUGGACUCCAGACAGAGGAAGCGCUCCGGAGGAGGGAGGCUGUGGAGGCUUUGCCUUUAUCUAGCUGGCCUCUCCUGUGCGUCCGCUCAGCUCAGCUAUUCCGUAUCGGAGGAACUAAGCCCGGGCUCUGUCGUUGGGAAUAUCGCUAGAGAUUUGAGUCUUUCUGCUCAGGGGAUUGUUCAGAGAAGAUUGCGGGUGGUCACGGAAUCAUCAACGCAGUAUUUUGAGGUAAAGCAGGCGACCGGCGAAUUGGUUAUCAAACAAAAAAUUGACAGGGAGCAACUGUGCGAAUUAAGUUCAACAUGUUCCCUACACCUUCAAGUACUUCUAGAGGCUCCUUUAGACAUGCAACGAGUCGUGGUGGACAUUCUGGAUGUGAAUGACAACGCACCGCAGUUUUCAACCCGCAACAUUUCCCUGGAGAUAUCAGAGGCGGCUGCUCCUGGCACAAGGUUCCGCUUGGAGAGCGCACACGACCCAGACGUGGGUACAAACUCUUUACGCACUUACCAUCUCGCAGCAAAUGACUUUUUUACUUUAAAUGUGGAAACUAAAAGUGAUGGCAGCAAGUUUCCAGAGCUAGUGGUGGAUAAAGCUCUGGACAGGGAGAAGCAGGCCUCAUUCCGCCUGUUGCUCACUGCUGUAGAUGGGGGUCAGCCUGAGAAAUCUGGCUCGACACUUAUGCUCAUUAAAAUUCUGGAUGUAAAUGACAAUGCGCCCGUGUUUGACGAGCCGGUAAAUAAGGUUAGGCUAUUAGAAAAUGUGGCACGGGGCACUUUAGUUACGAAAUUGAACGCGACCGACGCGGAUUCGGGUAACAACGGAGAAAUAUCUUUCCUGUUUAGUAAAUACACACCGGAACGCGUUCUCAGCCUUUUCAGUGUGGAUUCUAAAAGCGGGGAGAUCCGUGUGAAAGGUGAUGUUGACUAUGAGAAAGCCACUGCAUACCACAUCACAGUGCAGGCCAGAGAUGGUGGCUCUCCCGCCAUGGAGGGCUCCUGUAACGUCAUAGUGGACAUCAUUGACGUGAAUGACAACGCACCAGAGGUGACACUGACAUCACUGACCAGUCCUAUCAGAGAGGACUCGGCACCAGAGACUGUGAUAGCACUAAUAAGUGCUCGGGACCUGGACUCUGGUGUGAAUGGGGAGGUUACAUUAACUGUGCAACCAGGUUUGCCAUUCAAACUUCAUUCAGCGUUUGGCAUGCAUUACAGCCUCACCACUGCUGGAAACCUGGACCGUGAGACUGUCCCAGAGUACACAGUGGUCAUCAAGGCCACCGAUGCUGGUUCCCCGCCCCUUUCAUCACAAACCACCUUUGUGGUGAAGCUCUCUGAUGUAAAUGACAAUCCCCCCACCUUCUCUCAGCCUUCAUACUCCGUGGACAUCCCAGAGAACAACGCUCCCAGUGCACCCAUUGCUUCUGUUUCAGCCACUGACCCAGACCUUGGUGACAAUGCUCGCAUCUCCUACUCCAUCCUUCCCAGCAUGGUCCAGGACUCACCCAUUUCUUCUUAUGUCUACAUUAACCCAGAGAGUGGCCAAAUCUACAGCAUGCGCUCUCUGGAUCAUGAACAGCUUAAAGCCUUCCGUAUUGAGGUGCAGGCCCGGGAUGCUGGGGUGCCCUCACGGACAGCCAAUGUCACGGUGCAUGUGUUUGUGAUGGAUGUGAAUGACAAUGUGCCAGCAGUUGUACACCCCGCCUACUCAAAAGACAAAGGAUUACAGUUCACUGUGCCCCCAUCUGCUGGCCCAGGGUACCUCAUAAACAAACUUGUAGGGGUGGAUGCAGAUAGUGGGCAUAAUGCAUGGUUGUUUUACUCCAUUGCCCCUGGACCAAAUGCUGGCAUGUUCCGUAUCGGGGCACACACUGGUGAGCUCCACACAGCCCGCAAGUGGGCAGAGGAGGAAAGUGGCUCAAAUUAUGACAUUGUGGUUAUCAUUCAGGACAAUGGUGACCCUCCUAAGUCCAGUACCGUUAACAUUUCAGUAACUGUGGAUGAGAAGGGAGCUGACGUAGGUGCUCCAGCAAGCCCUCGCCACACACCCAUCAACCACCGUACUGGGAUGCCGAACAUCACUCUUUACCUCAUCAUCUCUUUAGCCAGUGUGUCAGCUGUCUCCUUUAUCACCUUUGUCGUCCUCAUGGUGUGCUGCCUAAGGCGCCGUGGCCUAGGGGUGGGAGACUCUGACUGCUGCUGCUACGGUCGCCACAGGUCCAGCCGUUACCAUCAGAGGCCAAGCAAGGACCUGCACCUGCAGCUCAAUACUGAUGGACCCAUACGCUAUAUGGAGGUUGUUGGAGGCCCCCAGGAACUGCACACACGCACCUACAGGCCCUGCUACUCCACCAUAUCCAGCAGGAGCGACUUUGUAUUUAUGAAGACACCCAUGCUGAGUAGCAACAACACGCUCAGCACGACACUCAGCAGGAAGCACCUUAUGAACUCAGCCAGUGAGCAAAAGCCCCCCAACAAUGACUGGCGCUUCACACAGGGACAGAGACCUGGACCUAGCGGUCCCCACAUGCCAUACGGUACACACAUACGAUGGACGCCGAAGAGUGGGACAAGGUACUAAUUUAGACGUAGAAACUACAUGGUGACUCUCUGUCCUUAGGAGCUGAUCAGUGCUCAGUUUUGUCGCAUCACUGGUCGGUGAAAAAGAGGGACCUGAUCAGUUGGUAAGGGCAGAGAAUGGCUAAAAUAUUUUAGGUAGUGCACUGCAGUUGAGUGCUGUGCUGUGUGUAGAUGUACCUAACCCAUAGCUUCUGUUAGUCUCCCUAAAAGUUUGAUGGGGUUUGUUGAUCGAUGUGCAUAGGCCACAAUGCCUGCUGUGGCGUAGAAAGGACUGUGACACUUUUGAGUUUGCGUGCAGUGUUUUGUAGAUUUGUUUAUGCCUUGUAUGUGUGCCAUACAUAUAGUCAUUAUACUCUGAGAGCUCUUGUUCUCUCUCCUUCUCGAAGACUGGCUUACCAUACAAUGUUGCCUUUGAUGUAUGUCUGUGAUGGUUGUAGCUCAACAUCACCACAUGUGGCUUUUUCAUGUGAUUUACCAACUUGACGACAACAACAAAGAGACAAUGCAGACAGCUGUCUCUUGAUUGAUUCCUGCAAAAUACCGGUUAGAGGUUAAAAAGUUCCUCAGUGAAGUAAACAGCACAUAAAACUCUUGAGGUCAGAUGUCAUCAUGUACACCAUGUGACUGGCUGAAUUGGCUUGAAUUAAAUUUGGUGCUGAAGUCUUGAAAGUUCACUGCAAAACCACAAGGAGAGCCAUGUUCAGAGAUAAAACGUGUCGUGUGAGGUUGCAGAGGAAAAACGAUAGCCCUGUCUGGCCAACCAAGGACAUCCCUCUGGACCACAGUUCACAAUCUUGCCCACAGGAAGUGAUAAUCCUGACCACAGGAAGCGCUUAACACAACCACAGGAUGUGAUAAGUACGGAGAGAUGCUAAUUUAGCGCAAAUGAAGCAUUCCCUUUUAUCUUAAGUGAUGUGAAGAGGCACAAAAUGGCUGCCCUGGCUUUACUGACUGUGCUCUUACCCAGCCUGUUUCUCAUUGGAUGCCUGGCACAGACCAUUCGUGUUUCUCUCCCUUGGUCUCUCUCUGGCACCGAACUGAAAACCACUUCACAGUUUUGGCAGUGAGAUCUGGCAACCUGCUCUUAAACAAAUCCCUGUUUUUAUGUUAGAAUUCCUCUUUCACUUUUUCCCUUGUGUCCUUUACUUCCUCCUAAUUCUCUGGAGCAGACCAAUUUGUCUCAGAGUUUUUUGUCGUUGGUUUUAAAUAGAAAAGAGUGUUCCUCCAUAUACCCCAUGUAUUUAACACACUAUCUAUUUACAUGCAGUCCUGUUUUCCUCAUUACUGCAGCCUAUAUUUGUCAGAAAGUAGGACCCAGGAAUCAAAGUGUCAUUUACUGUCCUCUUUGGGGCUGUAUGCUCCACCAGAAGCUUUUACCCAUGUCCCUGUGGGGUAAUGAUCCUUCAGUAAAUGCCCUCAGGUGGUUUGUUAUUACCCAAAACAGUCUAUAACCAAUGUAGUCAUCACAGAGACACAGAAUUGAGGAGGUUGAGAGAUUAGUUAAAGCCAUAUGUAUUGUUUUGCUCUGUAACAGCUUUAAAAGCAGCAUCCAUGGUGGUUAUAUAGGAUUUUGUGUAAUUUCUGCUGGUCUUCUAAUUAAGCGAAGUGACAUUAUCAGCUCUUUUUUUGACACAGUGUACCAGUAUUAUGAAGAUAACAUACUGCAGUGACGUGGCCAAUCAAAACCGCCAACUAAAAUCCAAAGAUGGAGGUUUAUUAGCACUUUGGGAACAGCAGCAGAGCCAGGAUUAAAGCUUUGUGACCCAGUUGUCAGCUGUAGAGCUUGUGUUGGUGUGUCACAAGUGUGGGAAUGGAAAUAAGUAGGUGAGCAUAAUAGAUCGCAGGUCUGCUUUCUCCUUUGUUGCCCCCUCAUGCAAAUUGCAGCCUUUAAAUAAACAAGCCUUUGAAGGUGAAGUUUGCCCAGAUGGAAAUGUUCAGUGCUCACCGAGAGCUGCGUGUGUGACUCUGCAGACAGCUAUUUCCUUUAAAGGGGGUAUCAUUAAAUAUUUAAUCAGAUUUACUAGACGGCGCAGUGUUCAUGGUCAUACCGGAGUGAGAGUGAACGUUGCAAAAUGUUUACUGUGUGUGAGUGCGCGAACACGCUUGCUACUGUGUGCAGACAGGCAGGAGUGUGUUUAAGAGUGCGUGUUUGUUUGAGACACACCCUGUUUUGUAAAGUAUACAUCCUCCUUGUUAUCCUCGCUGAAUUCCCCUCAGGCUGUCUACUUCGCCAUCAGCUGCUUUGCCUCUACAUCAUAAACCACCAACUGUCAAACCAGCGAGCUACACAUACACACACACACAUUGGAGAGGACGAACCAACAGUUAUUUACAGU